AUGUCGACUCAGAGCAAGGGUCAGGACACUGCACCGGCGAGCACACAGCUGGCCCACCAAAAUCACAAGUCGCACGAACUCUUGACAUGCUCGAUCAAAGCUCCGCUAUACUCCUAUGCCCACUUGGAGGUGGCCAGAGAUAAGCCGGGGACGACAUCAACAGACGCGCUGCAAUUUCACUCGUUUUGUACCUCUGCUUUGAGGCAGUUCCUGGGCGCCACGGGCGCAGCAAUCUCGCUGGAUAUCCUCAAGGUCCAGGGCAACGAGUGCUGGCUGCGUGUCCCCCGCCAAGACCUAGGCGCCUUCGCGGCUGCCCUGACAGCAUGGCCGGGGACGCGAGAUGCUGGUGCUCAUACGAUCCUCAGAAUACGACAAUGCUCUGACUGGCUCGGCGCCAUGGUCGGCGGAGAUGGGCAAGAAAAGCUUUGGACGUCAUGA